GACCCUUGUCUGAGCUCCCCUACACAGGCUAUGAUACUGUUCCUCUUGUAUGCCUUCUGCAGUGAUGACAGUUGCUCAUUUUUAAUAAUAUAAAUGCAUUAUCCACCAAAACUUUGUUUCUCAGUUUAUGACACUACUCUCAAAACAGAAGGUUUAUUAACAAAAAAAACAAAACAAUCUAAAACCUAUUUGGCAAAUGGUUGUAAUAUCAGAAGCCCGAUAACCAUUAAACAUGCAUUUAUUUGUCAGGAAUGGUGUCCGUCGGGUCCUGACCCAUAUGUCUUGUCUCCAGUUGGCCAGCAGGUGUUGCUGACCAUCUUGUUCCUUCCUCUGUCUUAAUCCCAAGUCCCUGUUGCGUUUUCCAUGUGGCCCAGACCACUGCAUAGCUCAGUGUGCUGAGUGAGGCUGAAGCCCUCUGCUCACGUGUUCAAGAUUGGCCUGAGGCCAGCCUCACCUUUAGUUUAUUUUGUUGGUUUUAUUUCAUCUUUUACCAUUUGUUUGUCUAGGUCUUGUCCCUGUGUUUAGUUUACUCUACCCUGUAUUGUUGGUUUACAGUUUGCUUGUACUUCUUUCUAGUUGCCCCAGAGCUGCUUAACGUUCUUUAGUUCCCUCCGCUUGUUAAUUCGUAGUAUUCCACCUGUUGCUUGUUGUCCCAGGCCUUUUGUGAUCGGUUAAUUGAGUUACGGAUCCCACCUGUCUUGCAUCAUGUCUUAGUCUCUGGGAUUCUUUGUAAUGUCAGGACCGAAGCUCUCGCACAUCUUACAACCAGGAAGGAAUACUAUUGGUUUCAUAAAAAAUCUUUACUAAAGCCCUAAUUUUAUUGCAUAAUCCAUCCAUCCAUCCAUCCAUCCAUUUUCCAAACCACUUAUCCUACUGGGUCGCGGGGGGUCCGGAGCCUAUCCCGGAAGCAAUGGGCAUGAGGCAGGGAACAACCCAGGAUGGGGGGCCAGCCCAUCGCAGGGCACACUCACACACCAUUUACUCACACAUGCAUUCCUACGGGCAAUUUAGCAAGUCCAAUUAGCCUCAGCAUGUUUUUAGACUGUGGGGGGAAACCGGAGUUCCCGGAGGAAACCCCACGACGAUAUGGGGAGAACAUGCAAACUCCACACACGUAACCCAGGCGGAGACUCGAACCCGGGUCCCAGAGGUGUGAGGCGACAGUGCUAGCCACUGAACCACCAUGCUGCCCCUUAUUGCAUAAUGUGUAUCUAUAAUAUGAAUGUUAUAUAUAAAUUGUAUCGUUUCAUCCUAUUUUGUUUUUACUUUGUUUACUUUUCACGUAAAUUGCACGGACCCCCCUCAGUCCUCACUGAGGCCCCCUAGUGGGCCACGGCCCCCCGGUUGAGAACCACUGAAACAGAUGACUGGUGUGGCUGCUGGAAUUUGAUAAAAUACCGCAAAAGUGGGAGGAAUACAGAAACUGAGGGUCACUUUUUGGGAGCUGGCAGCACUGAAGAUGGUGGCCCACAGUCAUAGAUGACUGGAGUUGUGAGGAGCAGUUGAUGUCUGCCGACACGUAAUGGAACCUGACCGACCUGCCAGCCAAACCUGGGUGGCAUCACCAGACGAAGGGAGCCGGGACAAAAGGGGGGUCACCCUAAAAACAAAAGGACAUCUGGAAAGCUGCCUUUUUCUGGCCCAACGUCUUUAAAAUCCAGACAAGCUCUAGUGCAGCCGUGAGCAGAUCCAGGAUCCAACCUAUUGUUCGCGCAAAGGCAGGAGAGUUCAGCAACAGACUUAGGAUAAGCCUGUUCAGUGUGUGCGAUGGGAGCAGGGAUCCUGAAGCAGGCGCUCGCAGCCAUCCUGAUGUUCCUCAUCAUGUUGUUGGCCUUCAGAAAAACCAUGGAUUGGAGCACUACUGAUCCCAAAGGCCCCCCAUAUAAAUGUGACCUGUCCAGGCCUUGUCCUCUAGAAUCCUUUGCUUUUAAGAUGAAGAGUGGUAUUGCCAAUAUGCUGGGGCCCAAAAUCUGCCUGGAGGGCAACAUCCUCAUGAGUGGUGUGAGGAACAAUGUGGGACAAGGACUGAACGUCGCCUUAGUGAACAACUGUUUGUGUGUGUCCACAGGAAGUACUGGAAUACCCAUCAAAACAGCUUACUUCGAUAUGUGGGCAGGAGACGUCAAGCUCCUAAUAAAUUUCCUGAAGAGCAUUGAAGAGGGGACAUUAGUCAUGAUGGCUACGUUUGAUGAGUCUUCUACAAAACUCAAUGAGGAAGCAAGGAAGCUGAUUGGCGAUUUGGGGAGUUUGAGUAUCAACAAGUUGGGGCUCAGGGAUAACUGGAUCUUUGUGGGAGGUAAAGGGAUCAAAAGGAUGAGCCGCUUUGAGCAGCACCUGGUGAAUAAUGUGGACACCAAUAAGUAUGACGCUUGGCCAGACUUUGUGGAGAUGGAGGGCUGCAUCCCAAUAAGAUCAGACCAGGAUGCCUAAUCUCAGACACUUUUCUCAUGAGUUUGGCCAAUGGCAUGGGCAGGAGAACAAGGAGACCGACUUCAACACACUGGGAUGCUCACCAAUGAAGCCAUCCCUUUUGUCUCAUUUAUACAAGGUUGUGCUGCCAAACCGCUAUAGGUGAUUCAAAACAUGUGUCUCUUCACUGGCUUCCUAUUGGUGCUUGCAUCAAGCUCAAGUCCUAGGUGUUGACUUAAAGGUCCGUCAAUAGACAGGCACCCAUCUCCAUUAAAAGGUUCCUCAAGUCCUAUGUCCCUUUUCACAAACCAUUUGGAGCUCCCUCUACCACGUGAGACGGUCCCCUUGUGUGGUUCCUCGAUGGUGGAAUGAGCUGCCAGACCAUGUCCAGUCAUCAGACUCCCUCUUCACCUCAAGACUCAAGACCCAUCUGAUCCAUGAAUUCCUCAACUAGCUUAAUGCGUCUUUAUGUUCUUUAAAUGCUCUUAUGUUGCAAUUUUUGGCCCUUGAAUAGUCUUAUUAGGGUCUAACUUUGUUAAUAACAAUUGUGUACCGUAAUUUCCGGACUAUAAACCGCUACUUUUUCCCCACGCUUUGAACCUCGCGGCUUUAACAAUGAAGCGGCUAAUUUAUGGAUUUUUCCCGAUUUUACCAGUUUCAUGCCGCCAAAAAACUGAGGCCCGUAACAUUACACCAAUGAAAUUGCCGAACAGAUGAACCAAUGAAACUCUUUACAUUAAAUCGAACACGCUCCCUCUGAAUCAUUCUGAUUAAGGUUGUCAUUUUGCCAAAUACAGAGCCUUAUCAUGGGAAAGACACGGAGAAAUGCAUAUGAUGCAGCUUUCAAGUUGAAGGCGAUCGAUCUGGCUGCUGGAAAAGGAAAUAGGGCUAUUUUAAGUAUUUGCAGCCACUCGACAUCAGUGUAAAUCGUCCAUUUAAGGUGGCGCUCCGUGUUCAGUGGGAAACUUGGAUGACAAGUGGGGAGAAAUCCUUCACUAAAACGGGUCGCAUGCGAAGAGCAACUUAUGGUCAAGUCUGCCAGUGGAUCCUGAAAGCGUGGAGCACUGUCAAACAAUCCACGAUAAUCAACGGGCUUCGACAAUGAAAACGAUCCUGAGAAAACAUCGGAUGAAGCAAUGUGGGGCUGUUCAACUCCGACAUCGAAGGGGAUGACUUCAGUGGUUUCAGUGCGCAAGAGGAGGAAGACAGUGACCAAUGACUUUCUUGGUAGGCUACUGUCUUGUUACAAGCCGUGUUACAGGCACUGUUUUGUUACAAGCCGAUGUAAAGUUCUUUUGUUUCAAUGUAGUCACCUGCGGCUUAUAGACGUGUGCGGCAUAUUUAUGUUCAAAAUAAAUAUAUUUUUUUAAUUCAGUGGGUGCGGCUUAUAUUUAGGUGCGCUUAAUAGUCUGGAAAUUACGGUAGUUGUCGUGUAGUUCCUGCUCCAGUACUGCUCGCACUUAUACCUGGACACUUAUUGUAAGCGUAGCCUAGCUGCACUUAUGUGGCAUCUCAUGGGUCGCAACCCAAAUUUGGAAGGCGGCAAGUUCUGAAAGGGUCAUGAGGCAAAGUUGGAAAUGUAAGCAUUUUGAAACCAACAAGCUCCUACGCUGAUCCAUGAUCACAUUUCCCAGUCUCAAUCCUAGAAUUAAUCUAUAUAAACAGGUCUUGGGUCGGCAAAUACUUAGCGCAAAACUCGUGAACACUCAGCCAAUUCAAGAAGCCAAUCCGUGGAUGCCUAAUUUAAAAUUCACUGACACAUCCAAUCAGAUUUGUGUUUACGGCUUCGAUUGCCGUAAAUUGCAGAGUGCACUGCUCGCUUGGUCAUAGCAUACGAUAUAUACCUACACUUGAUAUAGGGUCGAGAUUAAGCUGGCAUGUCUAGGUGACUCCUUAACAGCAUAUAUGUUUGCACUGUGCCGUUUACCUCACUUGUACUUUACUUUGGACAAAACCAUCUGCUGGACUCACUACCAGUGAAACAUUUUGCACACUCACAUUUUCUAGAUUUGCAUUUUUCUAACUUAACAUUUAUUAAAAAUACACUCAGUAUUCCUUGCUAAUAAACAUAUUUACAGUAUGUUCACUAUUUGAGUAUCUUUAUUAGCAAGGAAUUGUCAUAUCUUUGAUUCAUUGAAGUAAUCUCCUCUAGCAGUUAUACCAGCAGAGAAAAUUUGAGGCAUUCUUUGUGCGAGGGACAUUAAAUACUGCUUUGUUUCCUGGGAUGAUACAGUUAAGUUGUGCAUUUAAAGUUAAAGCGUAGUCUGUGGUUUGCCUGUCAUCACCACAGAGCCAGUUAGUAGGAUGUCAGACAUGCUGUUACACGCUCUUUCCAUGUCAUAAAGGAAACUUGUUUUAUUUUCACUUGUAGCUGUCUACUCAACUUUCUAAUGCUUAACAGGAAUAAAAGAAAUUGCAGUUUAUUAAAUAAAUGGAAAAAUGUAGUGUGCAAAAACUUUUGACCGGUAGUGUAUGGAAAUUUGGGGAGGGGUUCAGCGCCUCCCCUUUACUCCCCCAUAGACAGUUACUGUUCAAAAUAGCAUAAAGAAGAGUUUUCUGUGCCUGGCAGGAUGGAUGUAGGAGUCACCAGAAAACCAGAGAGCGGUCGUGCCUGUUGGUCCUUUGUUAGAGUCCAUAUGUCAGUAUCGGUUGUUUUUUUUUCCUCCAAGACUGUAAACUGCCAAGAUCUGUAAUCAUGUCACUCGCUCAGCCAUCUGAAUCACUGGGUGCUUCUCAACAUGCAUACUUGUCUGCACUUGUAUUCUUGUGUACCCAUUUUACAUCAUCUUCCAUUGCCAAAGACCCGUUCCAAUACUCAAGAACAGAAGUAUGGAGGACGGUAAAAAUCCCCGGAUGGCUCUCUUGCCCGACCUUAAAUAACAAGGAUGCAUUGUUUGCAUCGUUGCCAAAUGAGACCAAUCCCACGAUUCAUUGCACCCCAAGUUGGGAGGCAAAUUAGCAAGAUUGGUCUUGCAAAGAUCAUAAUCAUGAUCUUUGCAUUCUUGGUAUUGAGAAACACUGUAUGUGUUUUAAUGUGUCAGGUCGCUAUCCUAGAGAAAGUGAUGCUUUUGUAUAUCUGCGUCUUUAACAAAUGAAAUUUUGUAUUUUUGAUAGCUUUCAUCCAUCCAUCCAUCCAUUUCUUGAAACCACUAUUCACAUUCAGUGCCGUGGAGCUUUCAAGAAUCAAAUAUAUUUUUUCUGUAACAACUUAAGGCUAUGUUUUUAGUCAUUUAUAAACACAUUCGUAAUGCAUUAUAAUGCAUUCAUAAAGCAUUGUAAACAUUAUAAACAUGGCUAUACAUUUAUAAAAAAGCACAAAACAUUAUGGCCAUGUAUAUUAUGCAUUGUGACUGCAUUAUGAAGCUCAUCUAUAAUGCACUAUAGAUACUUUUAUAAUGCAGUGCAAAGCAUCCUUAAUGCAUAUUCCGGUAUUAUAAUGCACUUUAAAUGUAGCGCAUUAUCGAUUAGAGCUUCAUUAAACAUUCAUAAUGUAUAAUAUACAUGGUUAUAAUGUGUUGUGCCUUUUGAUAAAUAUUUCUAGCCAUUUUCAUAGUGCUUUAUGAAUGCCUUAUCAUUUGUGAAGAAUGUGUUCAUUCUGAUGAUGAUCAUCGUUUUUGUGUGAUUCUCUUUAGCAGGUCCAGGUCUUGUUUGCCUUGCUUGUGUAAACAUGUAAAUGGGUCAUGCUUUUCGCUCCUAAUAUAUUUGCCUGAUAUUCCGCAGACAGUGAGUUGUGUUCUUAUAGUAUAUCUUAUCAAUCAGCCAUAGGAAGGCAUAGAAGCCCUGAAUGUUUACCCAGACCUAUAUUUAAAUUAUGCAACUGUAUAGAUUGGUAAAAGUGUAAAAUUAUUUGGUGAAAAAAAUUAUGUUCAAGAAAAUAAAUUUUAAAUGAAAUUGUCUGGUGACCGAUUAUAAGCAAUAAAUUAAGAAUAGAUAAGGCAAAAAAUGAUUUAUCUUGAGGGAAAUUGUGGGAAGAAAAGUAUUCCUCAGGCUGGACUAAUAAACAGAUAUUUUUUCUACCGAAAA